AUGCACCUGCGGGCAAGGGAUAGCAGGGAGGACGUGGCCGUUGGUGGUGACGCGGUGGAGUCUUCUGCGUCGCGGCAGCUGGGCGGGGCGGAGGAAUCGCCGCAGGCGACCCCGCGCGACGCGCUGGCGGAGGGUGCUGCCGCAGUUGGGGCCCGCGGCGGCAGCGUGAACCUCAAUAUUCGCAAGAUGCGGAUCUUUGACGACGUCACCACCUCCUCCUCGUCCUCCCCGCGGGAGGUGAAAAAGUCUGCGGGGGCGGAGCAGGAGAUGCAUGUUGGCAGGGAGGCGCUGCUGGCCCCGCAGGAGAGCGGUGCUGUGGUGGAACACAAGGCGCGUUCGCUGCCGCCGACGCAGCCGUCCUCAUCCUCUCACGACGCGGCGGGCGUAUCUGCGAUGCCUGCGGGUCCUCCUCAAGUUGACAUUUGCUUCAACAAACCGGCGUGUGACGCGCCCCUGGCGCUGGCGGAGGUGACUCCAACGUUAGAACCGAACGCCGCGAGUGAGCGGCGAGGAAGUCUGCUGAGGGGCUGUGACAAUGCGCAGGCUGAGGAUGAUGUGUUGAGCUUGCGCAAGGCGAUAAAGAGACGCCUAGAGGACUUUUGGGAAUUUGGAAGGGAAACGGAUAGCCGUGUGCUUGCGAUGCUUCUUUCUACAGCUGUGGCGCUUGUAUUGACGGUCAUUGGGGCGCCGCUCUCUCAGGUGGAUGUGGUGGAUGGUGGCUGCUACACGUACUGGGGUUACAAGGAGGAUUGCGACAGCCUCAUUUACACCAACCACACUGCCUUCCUCGUUUGCGACCCUGUCCGGAGGAGACUUCAGGUGGGGGCGGCCUUCAGUAUGAUGACGGUCUUUCUUCUUUUUGUUGCAUUGGUAUGCUGCGGCCUGCUUCUACGUCACGAGCUGCCGCAGCUGCGCUUGUUUACGCUUCUUCUUUUGGCCAUCGCUCUCGUGUUUCAGAUGAUUUCGUGGGCUGUGGUGGCCAGUAUAUUUGGGAGUCGCUACUGCGAAGACGCAUCGCUGCCGCGGAGAACGGCGUACGGCGUUGCCUUUGGGCUGAGUUUGACCUCUUGGCUCCUCGUCGUCGUUGGGGGAGUCGCUGGCGUCCUGCUGCAUUUUUAUUAG